AUGUGCAAAGAUUUUGAAAGGGUAAUGAAAAGUGAGUUUGAGAUGAGUGCAAUGGGGAAAUUAAGUUUCUUCUUGGGGUUGCAAGUUGAUCAGAAAAAGGAUGGCAUUUUUAUCCAUCAGACCAAGUAUGUGAAUGAUAUCUUAGAAAGGUUCAAGAUGACUGAUGCAAAAUCAAUUGCUACUCCUAUACCGGUCAAUCAUCAACUUGGAGCUGUUGUAGAUAGUGAUGAGCCUGUGGAUCCCACUCUUCAUAGAGCGAUGAUAGGUUCUCUUAUGUAUCUAACAGCUUCUCGCCCUGACAUUAUGUUUGCUGUUUGUAUUUGUUCUCGAUUUCAGGCUGAUCCACGAGCAUCACACCUAUCAGCGGUGAAGCGAAUCUUUCGUUACCUCAAAGGAAGACCAAAACUGGGAAUUUGGUAUCCUUCGGAGGGUGAUUUGGAUUUUGUAGCUUAUUCUGAUGCUGACUAUGGAGGCUGUAAUCUGACAAGAAAGUCUACUUCUGGAGGUUAUCAAUUUUUAGGAGGAAGGAUCGUAUCCUGGCAGUGCAAGAAGCAAACGUCUGUUGCUAAUUCGACGUGUGAAGCUGAAUAUGUUGCUGCUGGCAAUUGUUGUUCUCAAGUUCUCUGGAUUCAACAGCAGUUGCGGGACUACGGUUUGAAUUUCACUAACACUCCUAUUAUGGUUGAUAAUGAAUCCACAAUCUCCAUCACUAAUAACCCGGUUAAGCAUAGUAAGACUAAACAUAUUGAAAUCAGACACCAUUUUAUUCGUGAUUGUGCUGAAAAAUGUUUGAUUCAUAUGGUUAAAGUUCAUUCUGAUUACAACUAUGCUGAUCUUUUCACUAAGGCAUUUGACAGGUCACGUUUUGACUUUUUGCUUCAAGCGAACGGAAUGAGGAAUCCCGAGUAA